AUGUCAGCAGAACCCGAGCGCUCCUUCCCCUUCGCGCACUCUUCCCACCUAUCCUCUGUCUCUUCCGUCGCCGCUGCCGCCGCUGCCGCAGCUGCGGCGGCCACGGCGAGCGUGGACCGCGCGUUUCCCUCCCGACGCGCGGCGCCCGCCGCUGCAGACGGGCAUGAUUUAUGGCGGGCUCAGCGGAACUGGAGCGCGCAAGCAGGCGGAGGCUUGGCAGCGCGGGAAGAAUUCUCCGCGCGCCGGUGGGAUGCGCGGGAAGGCGCGGAUUGGCGCAAUAGAGACGCGCGGACGGAUCCCCGAGCGCAAGGCGGCGGUGGGGAGGGCGGCAGCGGGAGGUGGCGGGGAGGGAGCGAGAGCAGCGCGAGUGUGGAGGGCGCGGGGGGGGCGCAUGCGGGCGCCAUGAUUCUCCCGCGGGGCAGCAGCACUGUUAGCACGAGCACGGGCAGUGGUGUGACGAGCAGCAUGCGUGGUGGCGGUGGCGGUGGGGCCAGCAGCGCGCACCUUAGUCACCUGGACGCCGCUCUCGUGUCUCUCAUCGGCCCCGCUGCUGCUGCGGCGUUCGCUGCUGAUGUGCACGCCAUGGGCUGGCCUGCUGCGCUGCGCUCCCCUGGGCCCGUUGCUGUGCAUGGUGGCGCUGGGUAUGAUGGAGGGGAGGGAGUGGAGAGUGACGCUGGCUCGUCCAUUGCUGCUGCUUCUGCUGCUGCCGCCGCCCAUCUACCCUCCGACACCACUGGACCUACCACCGACAGUGGCAGCAACAGUAACAGCAGAGCUGCUGGUAGCAGCGGGGUUAGCAACAGAGGCAGCAGCGGCAGGGGCGGCGGUCAGAGGCCCAGCAGUCGCAGGCCGUCAGCUCAGAUCCGCAUAGACCGCAUUCCACCGGACACGUCCGCGGAGACCGUGGCAGCGUUCGUGCGCGACACACUGCGCGUGACCGUGGACCGCGUGAAGAUCAAGGGGUACACGCGCAUCCGCGCCCUGCCUGCUGGCAGAGCCACAGCAGCAGGCGCAGGGGUCGCCGGAGGGGCAGCAGGCGCAGGGGUCGCCGGAGGGGCAGCAGGCGCAGCAGGGGCAGCAGCAGGCGCAGGGGAGGGAGCAGUGGUGGGGGGGACGCGGUACCGUGAGGAGUGGGUGUCAGCAGGGUAUGGAUACGCGGAUUUCCUGACAGCAGAGGUGGCGGAGUUUGUGAUGGCGAGGGAGGAGGCGCUGGUGCUCAAGGGGCAGCAGCUGGGGCUGCAGCGCACCAUGGAGCAGAGGAGAGCACCCGAGGGGCUGCUAUUCCACUCCACCGUGCACCUCGGGUUUGUCCACCAGCCCGGCCAGCUCGCGCUGACGUGGCGCUCCAAGCCCGAGAGCUGCCGGGUCGAGUUUGACUUUCUGGAGAGGCGCGUGCGCGUGGUGGUGCAGGAGAGGGCGGGCGAGCGGGGGAGGGCUGGUGUGGGGUGGGGAGGCCGCGCGGCAGGGGGGGAGGGAGGUGCAAGGGAGGAUGCAGGUGGUGCGUCGUUCCCUGCUGCUGCUGGUGCCGCUCUCUCGUCCAUCCCCCUGGCGUUCCAGCGAGUGGAGUACAAGUUGGAGUGGCGCAUGCGGGACGUGCGCCUGUGGGGCACCAAGGACAGCACCACACGCGACACGGACGGGCCCGGCCUCACCUCCUCGCUGCUGCUGCUGCUCUUCGUGCCGCCCGCGGUGUUCUCGCAGGCGUGUGACGACGACGUGUGGCAGCUGGAGCCCGACAGCUGGUUCCCUGAUGACGGCGACCCCUGGACCCGCACCACCGAUGAAAACUUCUUGCCUGCUGGUGGGAGGGCGGGCGCCGGUGCAAGUGCAGCAGCAGGCGCGUGUGUGGGCGUGGGGGAUGAUGGAGGAGGGGGGAGUGCUGGUGCGGGGCGGUGGGACGGUGGGGGUGGUAGCAGUGGAAGCGGUGGUGUGAGUGGGAGUGGGUGGAAGGGGCGGGUGUGGAGUGGAGGGGUGUUGGGGGCGGCGUCAGUGAUGCAGGUGUCGGUGCCGGUGCGGCGGGGCAGCCAUGUGCGGCGCAUAGCAGCGCACAUGCGCACCGCAUCGCUACAUCUCAGAGCGCGCUACCUGGGCGACCCACAGCGCGUCGCCAUCACCGCCCGCUACACUGCUGCCCCGCCCAUCCACCUCGCCCCUUUCAUCUCCCUCGACCCCUCCUGCUUCCCCAUUACCACCGCCACCACCGCAACUGACAGCACCAACGCCAAAGCUACCACCAGCAGCGGCGGCAGCAACAGCAAGUCUGCGGUGCCUGUUGUGCUCGCCUUCCCAGUGCUGUACCUGCUGACAGCGCUGGUGCAGCAGGGCACCAUCCCGCCCACUGCCGUGACCGCCUCCCUGUACCGCACGCUGGCGUAUGAGUGCGUGCCCGCUGCGGUGGCAGUGCUGAUCGAGUUCUUCCGCUUCUCCCGCCCCGAGUUCCACCCCGCCCGGAAGUUCCGGCAAAUUGCCCGGGCCAUGCGCCACCACGGCAAGCUGCAGGCACGGGAGGGCACGGACAAGGGGCGGGAGAAGGGACCAGAGGGGACGGGGGAGCAGCAGAGGGAGAAGGGAGAGGAGCAGAAGGGGCCAGGUGUGGGAAAGCCCGAGCAGCCGCAGCAAGAACAGCAAGCAACAGAGGAGAAGGCAGGAGAAUUGAGUGAGGGGGAGAGCAGCGCGUGGCCAUGGAAGCUACCAGCGAACCACGUGCUGGUGUUCCGGGUGCUCAUCACACCGCUGGGCGCGCAGUGCUGCAUGCCGGGCGUGGAGCUGACCAACCGCGUGCUCACGCACUACCGCGCCCACGCGCACCGCUUCCUGCGCGUCACCUUCACGGACGAGGGCCUGGAGAACCUGCCCUCCUUCGCCCUCAUGGACGCCGCUGGCCGGCGCGAGGGCGGUGCUGGGCACACCGAUGUGUACCGCCGCAUUCUCUGCCUCGUGGAAGAGGGCUUCAGCCUGUGUGGGCGGCACUACUGCUUCCUGGCGUCAUCAGCGUCGCAGCUGAGGGAGAAGUCAGCGUGGUUCCUGGCGGAGGAUGACAAGCUCGGCCUCUCCGUUGCCUCCGUGCAGGCGUGGAUGGGAACAUUCUCGGCCAUCCGCAACGUGGCCAAGUGUGCGGCUCGCAUGGGGCAGUGCUUCUCCUCGCGCUUCACUUCUCUCCCCCUCCCGCGCGCCCACGUGCGCAAGCUGCUCGACGUCACGCGCGGCACAUUCUGCUUCACGGACGGUGUGGGUGCAGUAUCGCCCGAGGUGGGGAAGGCCCUGGCAGACGCCAUUGCUCCUUACCUUGACAGGCCCGUGGGUGACGGGUGGAGCGAGGCUGAUGGUGGGAUGUGUGACGGGGAGGGUGAUGGUGGUGGUGGCGAGAGUGGGGGAGGCGUUGGAGAGGGGGGUUCUGGUGGUGUUGGUGAUGCUGGGGGUGGUUCUGCGGAGGGUGUGAGUGGGGAAGAGGAGGGUGGGAGUGGGGAAGAGAAGGAGGGUGGGAGUGGGAAUGAGAAGGAAAGUGGGAGUGGGAACAAGGAGAUUCAGAGUGGGAAUGAGAAGGAGAGUGGGGUUGGGAAUGCAAAAGGGAGUGGGGAUGGGAAUGAAAAGGGGAGUGGGAGUGGGAAUGAGAGGGAGAGUGGAGGUGGGAAUGAAUUGGAGAGUGGGGAUGGGAUUGAAAAGGGGAGUGGGACUGGGAACAAGAAGGGGAGUGGGAGUGGGAGUGGGAAUGAGGAGAGUGGGAGUAGGAAUGAGAAGGAGAGUAAGAGUGGGAAUGAGAAGGAGAGUAAGAGUGGGAAUGAGAAGGAGAGUAAGAGUGGGGAUGAGAAGGAGAGUAAGAGUGGGAAUGAGAAGGAGAGUAAGAGUGGGGAUGAGAAGGAGAGUAAGAGUGGGAUUGAGGAGAGUAAGAGUGGGAAUGAGGAGAGUAAGAGUGGGAAUGAGAAGGAGAGUAAGAUUGGGAAUGAGAAGGAGAGUAAGAGUGGGAGUGGGAAAGGCAGCAGUGGGACAAAAGGGAAGACGGGAGGUGUGGUGGAGCGCGGGAGGGCAUUGCUGCGCGCGCCAUCAGCGUUCCAAAUUCGGUAUGCGGGGGUGAAGGGGGUCAUCACUGUGUGGCCGCGCUGGGUCAUGCAGCAAGUAGAGCAUGAGGCAGAGCCUCACAGGCACACCAGUGGCAACGGCAGCAAUGGCAGCAGGGGUGCAAGUGCCAUGGGUGGUGCGGACUUGAGUGGCGUGCAGCAGGGACAGGUGGUGAAUCUGAUGUUCCACGAAGGGGACUAUGCCACUGACUCGUGGAUGCAUGCAGGGGAGGGCGCACGUGCUAGUGACAGUGGUGGUGCACAUGUGGAUGCUGCUGCAGGGAAUGAUGCCCGCCCAGGCUUGGCAGCAGAGCGUGAAGGCAGUGCAGCGGCAUCAUCAGGAGCAGCAUCAGCAGCAGCAGUGACGCACAUGUGGAUCCGACCCAGCAUGGAUAAGUUUGAGUCGCAGCAUGCGGAUGUGGAGGUGGUGAACUGGACGCGCCCCCUGCCGUGCUUCCUCAACCGCCAGAUCAUCACACUGCUGGCCACCAUGGGCGUGCAGGACCACGUCUUCCUGCACAUGCAGGACGCCAUGCUACAGCAGUUGGACCGGGCAUUGAGUGAGCGGCAGGCAGCACUGCAGCUGCUGCAGGAGUCGUGUGCGGACGACCUGUACAACGUUGCCAUGACCAUGCUGUCCGCCGGCUUCCACCCCCACCGCGAGCCGCACCUCAAGCGCAUGAUGCGCGCCGUGAGGUCGCUGCAGCUGCAGGGCUUGAUAUCGAAGGCGCGCAUAUUCGUGAAGGACGGGCGGUGGCUCAUGGGCGUGGUGGACGAGACAGGGCUGCUGGAGUACGGCCAAUGCUUCAUCCAAGUGUGCGACACCACAGCACCCAUAUCCCCAUCUAACCCCGCCUCUUCCCCUGAAGCCCCCAUCCUGGCCCCCACGGUGCACAGCACGGGGCGUGGGCUGGGAGCGCCGCAAGUGAUAACAGGCCCCAUAAUCUUCGGCAAAAACCCCUGCCUGCACCCGGGGGACCUGCGUGUGCUCACAGCCGUGGACGUGCCGUGCCUGCACCAUCUCGUGGACUGCCUCGUGCUGCCUAAGAAGGGCCCGCGCCCACACGCCAACGAGGCGUCGGGCAGUGACAUGGACGGGGACGUGUACUUUGUCACGUGGGACGCGCGCCUCAUGCCACCCUCGGGGCGGAGUAGUGACCCCAUGGACUACCAGCCGGUGAAGAAGGAGGGCAAGGCCGCUGUCACCAUGAAGGUGGGGCUCUGUGGCUUCCUACCCACUUUGUCACGCUCUUUUGUCUUGUUCAUGGAUCCACCCGAUACAGCUCUUGAGUGCCUCCCCUCCCCCCUGCUGUGCCGCAACCCGUCCCACCAGGACGUGCACCGGUUCUUCGUGGACCACAUGCUGAACGACAGCGUGGGCAUCAUCUGCAACGCACAUGUGGUGCACGCGGACCGCUCCCCCCAGCAGGCGUCCGACCCCGCAUGCGUGCGCCUGGCGCGCGAGGCCGCCAUCGCCUUCGACUUCCCCAAGACGGGCGUGGCGGGGCAGAUGCCGCGCGACCUGCGCGUGCAGGAGUACCCCGACUUCAUGGAAAAGGGCGCCAGUAAGGAGACGUACGAGUCCGAUAAGGUGCUAGGGCGGUUGUACCGCGAGGUGAAGGACACUGCUGUGGUGCAUGAGGAUGAUGACCUGCCUCGCGUGGUGCCGGCUGUGGCGGAGGAGGAGGGGGUGGGGGGGGAGGAGAUGGCGCAGGAGCGGAGGGAGCGGGAGGAGGAGGCGGCGCGGCUGGUGAGGGAGGGGAGGGAGGGGAGGGAGGGGGCGGGGGAGGGCAUUGGGUGGGAGGGCGAGGUGGCGGUGCUGGAGGAUGGGCGCACGUGGCUGCGGUGGCCGGGCGUGGACGAGGUGGGGCGCGCGUACCGGGAGGACCUCAGGGUGGAGGGGUAUGAGCAGCACGUGCAGGAGGCGAGGGCGCUCAAGUGGGCGUAUGACCGCUCCAUGCUGCACAUCCUGCACCAGGUGCGCGCUCGGUGGGCACCCGCUGGGCACCAGGUAGGCAUCAGGUAG